AUGAUCAUGCAGUGGAGCCAGCGCACCACGGGCGUGGAUAGUCCUUCACAGCAGGGUGGCGAGCACUACACUGAACACUACACAUCUACACUACACUACACUAAACUAAACCAAACUCCAGACCAAACCGAACCAAACUCCAGACCAGAACAAACCAAACUCCAGACCAAACCAAACUCCAGACCAAACCAAACUCCAGACCAGACCAAACUCCAGACCAGACCAAAACAAACUCCUGACCAGACCAGAGCAACCUCUAAACCAAACCAAACUCCAGACCAUACCAAACCAAACCGAGCCAAACUCCAAAUCAAACCAAACCAACCCAAGCCAAACUCCAGACCAAGCUCCAGACCAAAGCAAACCAAACUGCAGACCAGACCAAACCAAACUCCAGAUCAGACCAGACCAGACCAAACUCCAGACCAGACCAAACCAAACGCGAAACCAAACCAAACCAAACCAGACCAGAUCAAACUCCAGACCAAACCAAACUGUGGUAAAUACAAAAAUCGCAGGGACGAACGUGCUCGCAACGGGGAAUACCUCUCCGGCAACAAAUUACCUGCCCAACCAAAGACAAAGGCCGAAUCGUCGAGCGACCUUGAAAAAGACAACAGUAUAGAUUGGAAGACAGAUUUUUUCAACCGGCCGCUUUCUCUUUUACCUGUCCUCACCUUCUCUCCAAGGCUCGUUGUCCUCUGCCUGGCCUCCGCCGCCUACGCCGGCGUUGCCCCAGCCUUCCACGGUGCUGCCUAUGCUGCCCCAGCAUACGGUGCCGCCUAUGCUGCUCCAGCUUAUGCUGCCUACGCCGCCCCAGCCUACCACGGUGCUGCCUACGGUGUCGCCAAGGCCCCAGUCUUCGCCGCUGCCGCCGCCCCAGUUGUUGCCAGGGCUCCAGUCUACGCUGCUGCUGCUGCCCCAGUCGUCGCCAAGCAAGUCGUACAGGAGGUCUACGCCCCACAGCCAUACAAGUUCGGCUACAACACCGUUGACGAAUACGGAAACCAGCAGUCCCGCCACGAGGAGGCUGACGCCUACAACAACCGUGUUGGCUCUUACAGCUUCACUGAUGCCUACGGUCUGAGCCGUCGCGUCGACUACGUCGCUGAUGCCGCUGGUUUCCGCGCUUCCGUCCACACCAACGAGCCAGGAACUGCCGCUUCUGCCCCAGCUGCUGCCGUCUACAACACCCCAGUUGUUGCCAAGGUCGCCAAGGUCGCCGCCCCAGUUGUUGCCGCUGCCCCCGCCGUGCACGCCCCAGUCUACGCUGCCCCAGCCGUCGCUAAGGUCGCUGCUGCCCCAGCUUACGCUGCCUACGCUGCCCCAGCCUACGCUGCCCCAGCCUACGCCAAGUACGGCGGCUACGGGGAAAGACAAAAACGAAUCGGUCGUAAACACGGUAGGCUGUAUCUUCGUUACUAUUCAAAUGAGCUCCUGUUAGCGCAGAGUAUAAAACCUCGAGGAGGCACCCGGAGGCACAGCGUCACUUUCAGUUGUGCUCACGCAGUCAGGAUGUUCGCCAAGCUCGUGUUCCUCGCAGUCAUCGCUGGUGCUUUCGCCCAGUUUGUUGUUCAGCAGCCAUUCUUCGGCCAGCAGCCAUACCACUUCAGCUACGAAGUCCCCAACCCCGUUUCUGGAAGCCACCACUUCCACACCGAGUCCGCUGACGAGAACAACGAGCGCAGUGGAUCCUACGGCUACACUGACGCCUUCGGACUCUACCGCCGCGUCGACUACACCGCUGGCGCCGCAGGAUUCCAGGCUAGUGUGAGCAGCAACGAGCCAGGAACAUCCCAGACUCCAUCCGCCGCUGUUGCCGUUGGAGCUCCAGGUUUCUUCUAAUCACAGAACACGCCUCCUAAUUUAUAAACCAAAAAAGAACAAAAGAAAGAGAAUGUAGUAAGUACGCUAGGGAUAGGUAUCCACUCACCAGAGGUGAUGACGGUUGUAUGUGCUCCCAUGGAAGCCUGGUCUGUUUGCACGAAGAGAAAUGUGCGUUGAAAUAAAAGGUUUGUUUUUUUGUUUCUGGA